AUGGAGGAGAAGAAGGAUUCUCUCAGGGGUGUAGCUUUUGCUGCUGUCGUUUUUUCGACGGUGGCCGUUUCCGCUUGUUUGAUCACUUUCCCACUCGUGUUCCACUAUGUUCAAACCCUGCAGGCAACUGUACAGGGAGAAGUUGAGUACUGCAAAUCUCGCUCAAGAGACAUGUGGCGUGAAAUGGUAGAGGUUUCCCCGGAAAAUGGAGAAGAUCCUCUGGACAUUCUUCUCCGUUCCACUCGUCAGGCUGAAGCUCAGUGCUGCACCUGCCAACAAGGUCCACCCGGCCCAGAUGGUGCACCAGGACCUGAUGGCAAGGAUGGACAACCAGGAGCCGGACCUGGUGAACCUGGACCUCCCGGACCGGAUGCCGAGUUGCACGAUCGACUCCUGCCUGUUCCACCUCAGUGCCCAUGUCAAGCUGCACCUGGUGUUGCUGGACCACCUGGACCCCCCGGACAAGAUGGAGCUCCCGGACAGCCUGGUGGUAACGGCGGAGAUGGAGCUCCAGGCCCACAGGGUGCUGCCGGACCACCUGGACCUCCUGGACAACCCGGUCAACCUGGACAGCGCGGACCUCCAGGAGAGCCUGGACAACUUGUGCCUGGUGGACCUGCUCCAGCUGGUCCUCCUGGACCACCUGGUCGACCAGGAGCUCCUGGACCACCGGGAAAAGCUGGAGCCCCCGGAAGAGAUGGAGACAAUGGAACAGCUGGAAGCCCUGGAGAGCCCGGUCAAAGAGGACCACCCGGACCACCCGGACCAGCUGGAGCUCCUGGAGGCUCUGGAGACAAUGGCUCCCCUGGCAGUUGCGACCACUGUCCUCCAGCUCGUCUUGCUCCAGGCUAUUAA